AUGAGUGAGAAACCCACUUCGAGAGAUCAAUAUGGUCCCCCACUGGGAUCGUCCCGAAAACUACCAAGCUCAAUAACUGGAUCAUCAGCCCCAGUGGCAGUAACCCCUCUCAAAACAAUUAAGCCUCCUGGCCCAUCAACACCAACCAAAUCAUCCCAAAAGCCCACUGCCUCUCAGGAAACCCUCACGUCCGAUUUUGAAAGGGGGAGAUCCUAUUGGAUUGGAUCCUAUCCAAAUUUUUCGUUUGCUAGACCCGUAGUUAAAAAACCUACUUUCUUACGAUUACGAGGUUUAUUCGAAUAUGAAAUCCAAUCCUGGAAAUACAGCAUUCCACUCUUUUUCGCUACCCACGGUUUCGAUACAUUUCGAAAUCGUGAAAUAUCUAGCGGUGCGGGUGCUAUCCGAGAACAAUUAGUCGAUCUGGAUUUGAGAAUUGUUAUUGAUUCUUCAUUGGUAGAGUGGAAAGAAUUAGGGGAAGAGAGAUCCACGCACAAUGAAAAUGAAUGGGAAGACCGAAAGGUUGGAAGAAGAAAGAAUUUUUUGGUUCGGCGCAUGGAAUUAGCUAAACAUUUUAUCCGAACAAAUAUAGAACCGGAAUGGAUGGUUUUAUGUCUCUUACCAGUUCUUCCUCCCGAAUUGAGACCUAUUAUUCAAAUAGAUGGGGGUAAACUAAUGAGUUCGGAUAUUAAUGAACUCUAUAGAAGAGUUAUUUAUCGGAACAAUACUCUUAUCGAUCUAUUGACAACAAGUAGAUCUACGCCGGGAGAAUUAGUAAUGCGUCAAGAAAAAUUGGUACAAGAAGCCGUCGAUACACUUCUUGAUAAUGGAAUCCGGGGACAGCCAAUGAAGGACGGUCAUAAUAAGGUUUACAAAUCAUUUUCAGAUAUAAUUGAAGGGAAAGAGGGAAGAUUUCGCGAGACUCUGCUUGGCAAACGAGUUGAUUAUUCGGGGCGUUCUGUCAUUGUUGUAGGUCCAUCACUUUCAUUACAUCGAUGUGGAUUGCCCCGUGAAAUAGCAAUAGAGCUUUUCCAGACAUUUCUAAUUCGUAGUUUAAUUCGAAAACACUUUGCUUCGAACAUAGGGGUUGCUAAGAGUAAAAUUCGGGAAAAAGAGCCGAUUGUAUGGGAAAUACUUCAAGAAGUUAUGCGGGGACAUCCUAUAUUGCUGAAUAGAGCACCCACUUUGCAUAGAUUAGGGAUACAAGCCUUCCAACCUAUUUUAGUGGAAGGACGUGCUAUUUGUUUACAUCCAUUAGUGUGUAAGGGGUUCAAUGCAGACUUUGAUGGGGAUCAAAUGGCUAUUCAUGUCCCUUUAUCUUUGGAGGCUCAAGCAGAAGCUCGUUUACUUAUGUUUUCUCAUACGAACCUUUUGUCUCCGGCUAUUGGGGAUCCCAUUUCACCUACCCGCUGUCCUCCUUGCUUGGCCCUUCCUUUAAGAGGUUGUUGA